AUGACCAAGGCGAGCGGGAAUACUCGGAGUGCUCGAAGACGAGCCGGAGCGGAGUUCGAAUCUCUUCGAACCCGUGGUGGUGCGGCGAGCAGCUGGAGUCGUGGGAGCACGGGCGCCGGUGGGAUUGGGCCGCGGUGGUGCGGUGGUCGGGAGGGGCGUUUUGGGGACUCCAAGAAACGUGAGGGGGGUGGCAGGAAUCUGUUCGCGACUCCAUUGGUGGGAAGAGAGAAUACGCCGCCGGGCGGUAGCGCAAGGAGGGGCCGGGGGCGUCCGGACAGUGUUUUGCCUUCUUGGUACCCGAGGACGCCGCUGCGCGACAUUACAACCGUUGUGAGGGCAUAUGAAAGGAGAAGGGCUCGGCUGGCAGAGAUUGAAGGACGACAAGUGGAUACUCCAGUAGCCACGGAACUGACCACCGGUGAAUCUUCUGUACCACGGACGCGUGCUCCACUCGAGCACGAUGUUUCUCUGUAUACCCCUGGUCCAGCAGUUCCAGAAAAGCCUUGCCCGAUUUCUGUAGGCAAGGUGCCGAAGAUAUUGCUUGACAUUACCAACCAGACUUCUGUUGGUGACUCAGAGUUCCUCACACCCCAGAAGAAGCUUUUGAAUCAAAUUGACACAGUCGAAAAAGUGGUAAUGGAUGAGUUGAAGAGGCUCAAAAGGACGCCGAGCGCUAAAAAAGCAGAGCGUCAAAAGAGUUCGUACACUGAUGUCGAUGCGAUGAUGCAUCGAUGAUCCUGGAGUACACAAGACGAGACAGGCCUGAGCACAUUAGAUCAAUAACCGGUCAAUUUAGUUCCCCAUUUUUUACCCCUUUCAACCUCUAGCUGAAGAUCUUGGUAUAGGAUCAGUAGGCAUUUUCUCACCC